GAAGUGUUUGAGCUGACUUUGACGAUGGCGCAUGUUGCUGGAGUGCUGCACUGUGGCCAGAUGGGUGCAGCAGUUGCUGCCGUUCUUCGCGGCAUCUCAGAGGCACACCCAGACGUGGUGAAGGAUGUGAUUGUGACACUGGAAGGCCGCAGUGAAGCGUCACGGGAGCGCGCAACGGCUGCCGGCGUGCGCGUGGUUGCCUCGCUGGAUGACCUGUGUAAGGAGGCGACCAUGCUGGUUUCUAUCGUCCCCCCAGCACAUGCCAUGGACGUCGCGAAAGCAUGUAUCGCCCACGGGUUUAGAGGGCUGUACUGCGACAUGAAUGCGGUUGCGUCUACGACGUCCCGACAGAUUGGCCGCAUCAUGCACGAGAACGAGUGCGUGUAUGUGGACGGAGCAGUGCUUGGGCCACCGCCGCGGUCGCAAUAUUACGACCAGCAGCAAUCACAGCAGUCGUCUGCUGACCAGGAGCGGAAGCCGCCGCUGAUUGCGCUGGCUGGCAAGGACACGGGCGAGGUGGAGCGCGUGUUUGCGCUGACGGAUGCGGUGCGUGUCAAGGUGGUUGGGGGACGCAUUGGGCAGGCGUCGUCGAUGAAGAUGUGCUAUGCCGCCUACACAAAGGGGGUGUCAGCGCUGAUGCUGAACAUCGCUGCGCUCGCCACGGCGGAGGACAUUGGAGCGUCACUGGCUGAGGAGUGGGGCGAAUCGCAACCAGAAGCUAUGCCGCGACUGAUGCGGGCUGUCAACAGCACGCCGAGCAAGGCAUGGCGCUUUGAAGGAGAGAUGAUGGAGAUGGCAUCUGCGUUCCAAUACCACGACCUUGCGUCAGGGUUUGCCGAGGGCGCAGCGCACGUGUACCACAGCAUUGCCGGCUUCAAGGGCCGCGCACCGGGCGAUGUGGAUGUGGCGGAGGUGGCACGACGCAUGCUCGGAUGGGACGAAGCCCUUGGCCUCAACACCGGCAGCGGUGAUGGUGGUAACGGUGGUGAUGGUGAUGGUGAUGUUGGCGGGGAUGCCAGCGGCAAGCCCAAGGUGCUGUGUUUGCACGGCUGGCGCACCUCCGCGUCCAUCAUGAAGUACCAGUUCCGCGAUUUCCCGGCCGACGUCGAGUAUGUGUUCGUCGACGCGUGCCACCCUGCAUCCGGGCCGCCUCACGGUGUGGUUGCUGCGUAUUUUGAGCCGCCGUUUUUCGAGUGGUGGGAUAAAGAUGACAGCAACGCAUACACGGGUCUGGAUGCCAGUCUCAAAUACAUUGCGGAUAUCAACCGCACACAGGGCCCUUUUGUUGGCGUUGCUGGAUUCAGCCAGGGAGCGGCGCUUGCAGUCCUCCUGUGUGCCAUGAUGCAACACGACCGGACAACGGCUCCACUCCCCGAUUUGAAGUUUGCGCUCCUCACGUCUCCAUUCGUUCCGGGCGACCCUUCCCUCGCACACCUGUUCAAGGCGCCGCUGACCAUCCCCGCGUUUGUUUCGUUUGGCGAAACGGAUUACAUUAAGAGCGAGUGCGAGCGAUGCGUCAAGUCCCUCCCCAACGCACAAGUGCUGGUGCACACGGGCGGGCACGAGGUGCCGACGAAGUGGAACGGCAAGGGUGUGAUUGCGGCGCUGGCGACGUGGCUGAAACAGCAGCUGUCCACCGCUUCAUGAUGCAAGCAGGACACAUUCAUGAUGCAAUGUUGGGCAAUGUCAUGCGCGUGACAUUCUGUGUUGUUGCAUUCCACGUGCGGUUGAGCGUCUUUGCCUGCUGUCAGCUUUGUGAUUGUUGGUGUCGUGAUAUGCGCGUGAUCCCUAUCCCCCCUCCCCCAACAAGCAAUUUCUCCUGCUCCUCUCGUUCAUCCUCAUUGUUCCGUCGCACUCUUCAAUUGUGGCAAUGUGUUCACUUCACAUUCCAAACAUCGACGCAACAACAAUAAUGCUCCAUCGCCACGGCC